AUGUCUAACAUGAAUUCUUCCACCUUCGUUCUCACUGCAUUUUCGGGCCUGGAGCAACAAUAUCCCUGGAUCUCCAUUCCCUUCUUCACCACCUACACCUUGGUGUUUUGGGGCAAUUGCAUGGUGUUGCAUGUGAUUCGGACUGAACCCAGCCUGCACCAGCCCAUGUUCUACUUUCUGGCCAUGCUGGCCCUCACUGACCUAUCCAUAGGGCUGUCCACAGUGCACACGGUACUGGGCAUCCUGUGGGGGUUCACUCAAGAAAUCAGCCUGGAUUCCUGCAUUGCCCAGUCCUAUUUCAUCCAUGGUCUAUCCUUCAUGGAGUCCUCUGUCCUCCUUACUAUGGCCUUUGAUAGGUAUAUCGCUAUUUGCCAUCCACUGAAUUAUUCCUCCAUUCUGACUAAUUCCAGGAUUUUCAAAAUUGGGCUCACCACAGUAGCUAGGGGUUUCUUCUUUAUUAUACCCCCCAUCAUCAAUCUGAAGUUUUUCCAUUACUGCCAUUCCCACAACUUGUCUCACUCAUUCUGCCUGCACCAGGACCUUCUCCGCCUAGGUUGCUCAGACAUCAGAUUUAAUAGCUACUACGCCCUGAUGCUGGUCAUUUUCACACUGUUGUUGGAUGCUGCUCUGAUCCUCUACUCCUAUGUGCUGAUUCUUAGGGCAGUCCUGGCAAUUGCCUCUCAGGAGGAGCGGCAUAAAUCAUUGCAGACCUCCAUCUCCCACAUUUGUGCUGUUCUGGUGUUCUACAUCCCUAUCAUUAGCCUAACAAUGGUGCACCAUUUUGGCAAGCAUCUAUCCCCUGUGAUCCAUGUCCUUAUGGGCAACAUGUACAUCCUUUUCCUACCUUUAAUGAACCCCAUCAUCUACAGUGUCAAGACCCAGCAGAUUCGAAACAGAAUGCUCAGACUCUUUUCUCUGAAAAUAUGUUGA